AUGGCUCAAAAACCUAGAUGGGGCGAAUUGGAGGAAGAAGAUGAUGGUGGUAAUUGGGUUAAGAUUACCACCACCACAUACGUCUGUAAACUCGCUAAUGCUCGGCUGAGCAAGCGCGCCGUGGAGAGGCGUUCUUGGCCUAAGUUCGGUGAUUCUGUUCAAGAGGACGUCGGCGCCAGACUCACCAUGGUUUCUACCGAGGAAAUCAUCUUUGAGCGACCAAGGGCUCCAGGUACAAAAGCUGAAGACUCAAAUGCAUCUAGAGUCCCAUUAGCUCAAAUGUCGAAAGGAGGAGCUGUAUUGAUGGGUACUCUACAAAAAAAAUCCUUGAUGUUCAUGGACUCACAGAAGAGAAGGCUUCUCAAGAAAACACCAGGAAGAGUUUUUUUGCGAGUUAUCAGGCAUUGGCUCAGGUGUGUUUGUUAUUGUUUGACCCAAAUUGAAGCAGAGUUCUUCACAGAGUAUGGAGAGGCAAGUUGCACUACUGGGGCACAAGUGGUGAAUCCCAUGGUGUUCAAUAACAGUAACCAACACCCUUCCAUGUGGAUCUUCAAGAUCUACAUAAUGCUUGUUGAUUUAAUGGCUCAAUUACCAUCGUUUUUUCCUGCGCUUUUUGAUGCAUUCAGUAACCAAAGUGCUGAUGUUCGCAAGGGGAACAAUCUGAAGGUUGAUCUUCAUUCCUUAAGUGGCAAGCCACAGUUUGGCUGCACUUGCAUCCGUCUCCCCAAAGCUGCCUCUUAG